AUGCGUCUGUUACGACCUCCGUACUCGUCACUACGCCCGGACAUGGCAGGAGCAGGAGGUGUGCGGAGAAAGUCUCCCGUUUCCCCGUCCCCACUCUGGGGGAAACUCCACACGCUUUGGCAGGAAAAGCAUUUGGUCUUGUUCAAGGCGGAGUACACGUUGCUGGUGGUUUCAGUUUUGUGGUUCCUAGAGAUCGGCAUCAAUGUGUGGGUCAUACAGAAAGUAGCAUACACUGAGAUCGACUGGAAAGCCUACAUGGAUGAAGUGGAGGGAGUUAUCAAUGGUACCUACGACUACACCCAGCUGAAAGGAGACACUGGCCCUUUGGUGUACCCAGCUGGGUUCGUCUACAUCUUCACAGCUCUGUAUUACAUUACCAGCCGUGGGGUGAACAUCCGUCUGGGCCAGUACAUUUUUACUGUUUUCUACCUCAUCACGCUGCUGCUUGUCUUCAGAAUAUAUUAUCGCACCAAGAAGGUUCCUCCCUAUGUGUUCUUCUUCGUGUGCUGUGCCUCCUAUCGGAUACACUCCAUCUUUGUGCUGCGUCUCUUUAAUGAUCCAGUGGCAAUGAUGCUGCUGUUUGCAGCUGUCAAUCUCUUCAUAGACGGAUACUGGACUCUGGGCUGUGGCCUCUACAGUUUAGCAGUGUCUGUGAAAAUGAACGUACUUCUUUUUGCUCCUGGAUUACUUUUCCUCCUCCUGUCGGAGUUUGGUCUAAUGAAGACAAUCCCUAAAUUAUUGGUGUGUGCAGGCAUACAGGUUCUGCUGGGGCUACCUUUCCUCCUAGAGAAUCCGAUUGGUUACGUGAGCCGGGCCUUUGAUCUUGGCCGUCAGUUCAUGUUCAAGUGGACAGUCAACUGGCGCUUCCUGCCAGAAUGGCUCUUUUUGAAUCGAUACUUCCACUUACUCCUGCUGGCUUCUCACCUGCUCACCCUGCUGCUCUUUGCCUUCCGCCGUUGGAAGAGGCCAGGAGAAAGCAUCUUUGAACUUCUCAAGGAACCAAGCAAGAGGAAAAUCCUUCCUCAGAAAAACACAGUGGAUCAGAUUGUACUGAUUCUGUUCACCUCUAACUUCAUUGGCAUGUGCUUCAGCCGCUCAUUGCAUUACCAGUUUUACGUCUGGUACUUCCACUCACUGCCUUACCUUCUGUGGAGUGGAGGAGUCAAGAAGCUGGCCCAUCUGCUCAGGGUCCUGAUCCUGGGUCUGAUCGAGCUUUCGUGGAACACCUAUCCUUCUACUAACAGCAGCUCAGCGGCCCUCCACAUCUGUCACCUCAUCAUCCUCUUAUGCCUCUGGCUGGCUCCACCUUCGCCUUCAGCUCCAGCGGAAACACAAGAACAGAAAGCUGUUAAGGACAAACGCCACUGAGCCCCAGCCUGAUCGGACCAGUUUUUUUUUUUGUUUUGUUUUUUUCGGCCAAAUCAGCUGAUGACCGACCUGCACCAUCUUCCUGUCUUCAAUCCUGACAGCACUGGUGCAAAGGGGAGGCUGCUGUGAUAGACUGUUUAUAAGUGAAUAAAAGGAGCCAUUAAAGCCUCUCAUUGCUUAAAGUGAAGGAAGCGCCAUGUGCAUGCAGACUGAUGCCUGUAUCAUGGAAUGGCAUGCAGUUGCAGAGAUGAGAAAAGAAAACAAUUCUCAGGUUUAGUAUUAGAAAAUAAGAAGAGUGGAGGGGUAUGAGAAUGCCAUGAGUGUUAUGCCAUGCGGAAAGAGUUUAUUAUAUGGGCUAUAUUCCUACUUACCGUGGUACACUCAGUCCAUAAUUCCUAUGGUCUAGUCAUGUUUGUUGGUUUUAUAGUCUAAUAUCAUCUCAUUUUUAUUUACUGGUGCUUAAAUGAUCAUAUGUUGUAUUAAGAAAUUGGUAUAUUGAAAACACUAUGCCUAAGAACUAGAGCAUAAAGCUUUAAAAUAACUGCAUAGAAAAUGUAAGCUUGUGGCAUUUUCUCUGACGCAGUUAUGAAAUAUGAAUAUUAUGUAGUGGAAAGGAUGGGGGGUUUUGUUAGUAUUUUUACACAAAUGUGUAAAAGUAAGCUGUAGACAGUCUGUCUGAUUUGUAAUCCUCUGUUGUGAGUGGCUGCGCUCAUGAGUAGAUUUAAUGUGAAAAAUAUGCAGUAGACUGAAACAGCAAAACAGAUUCCACUAAAACAAAAUGCUGUGGUCUUCAUUGUUACACAUUACAACAAAUGGUUGAAUUUUAGUGUUUUUUUUUUUUUAAUUUUCUAUCAAUUAUUUCAUCAUUUAAAGCUCAUCUUUGUUUAAUUUAACAAAUAAUCAUCCAGAUAAUCAAAAUCUUCCUCAUUUGACUGACUGUGAUUGCAUGGUUGGCAUAGUAGUACAUUAUACUGGCUACAAGCUAAAACCUAGACUACAAAAAGCCCAUUCAGAUGGUAAAGACAUACUUGUUACAUAAAGCACAAUGAUUAUAAAAGGCCACUUGGUUUAUGCUUUGUAGACGUAGAAUGAACUUGGCACUAUUCUAAGUUAAUAAAACAUGAUUUUCCAUGU